GGGGAGAGGAAGAGUGGUAGGGGGAGGGAGAGAGAGAGGAAGAGUUUCCAAACUUGUCUCCAGUGACAGGAGACAUUUACGCUCCACAAGAUAAAACUGCCACUUAGAGCCCAGGAGAGCUAAACCUUCCUGGCUUGGCCUAGGGGCUCGAGCGGAGUCAUGGGCUCUCUGGUCCUGACACUGUGCGCUCUUUUCUGCCUGGCAGCUCACUUGGUUUCUGGCAGCCCCAUCAUGAGCCUAGAGCAGUCUCCUCUGGAAGAAGAUAUGCCCCUUUUUGAUGAUGUUUUCUCAGAGCAAGAUGGUGUCGACUUUAACACACUGCUCCAGAGCAUGAAGGAUGAGUUUCUCAAGACACUAAACCUCUCUGACAUCCCCACGCAGGAUUCAGCCAAGGUGGACCCACCAGAGUACAUGUUGGAACUCUACAACAAAUUUGCAACAGAUCGGACGUCCAUGCCCUCUGCCAACAUCAUUAGGAGUUUCAAGAAUGAAGAUCUGUUUUCCCAGCCAGUCAGUUUUAACGGACUCCGAAAAUACCCCCUCCUCUUCAAUGUGUCCAUUCCUCACCAUGAAGAGGUCAUCAUGGCUGAACUUAGGCUGUACACACUGGUGCAAAGGGAUCGUAUGAUAUACGAUGGAGUCGACCGGAAAAUUACCAUUUUUGAAGUGCUGGAGAGCAAAGGGGAUAAUGAGGGAGAAAGAAACAUGCUGGUCUUGGUGUCAGGGGAGAUCUAUGGCACCAACAGUGAGUGGGAGACUUUUGAUGUCACAGAUGCCAUCAGACAUUGGCAAAAGUCAGGCUCAUCCACCCACCAGCUGGAGGUUCACAUUGAGAGCAAACACGAUGAAGCUGAGGCUGCCAGCAGUGGACGACUGGAAAUAGACAUCAGUGCCCAGAAUAAGCAUAAUCCUUUGCUCAUAGUGUUUUCUGAUGACCAAAGCAGUGACAAGGAGAGGAAGGAGGAACUAAAUGAAAUGAUUUCCCAUGAGCAACUUCCAGAGCUAGACAACGUGGGCCUGGAUGGCUUUUCCGGUGGACCUGGGGAAGAGGCUUUGUUGCAGAUGAGAUCAAACAUCAUCUACGACUCCACUGCCCGAAUCAGAAGGAAUGCCAAAGGAAACUACUGUAAGAGGACCCCGCUCUACAUCGACUUCAAGGAGAUUGGGUGGGACUCCUGGAUCAUCGCUCCGCCUGGAUACGAAGCCUAUGAAUGUCGUGGUGUUUGUAACUAUCCCCUGGCAGAACAUCUCACACCCACAAAGCAUGCAAUUAUCCAGGCCUUGGUCCACCUCAAGAAUUCCCAGAAAGCUUCCAAAGCCUGCUGUGUGCCCACAAAGCUAGAGCCCAUCUCCAUCCUCUAUUUAGACAAAGGUGUCGUCACCUACAAGUUUAAAUACGAAGGCAUGGCCGUCUCCGAAUGUGGCUGUAGAUAGAAGAGUCCUGUGGCUUAUUUAAUAACUGUAAAUGUGUAUAUUUGGUGUUCCUAUUUAAUGAGAUUAUUUAAUAAGGGUGUACAGUAAUAGAGGCUUGCUGCCUUCAGGAAAUGGACAGGUCGGUUUGUUGUAGGAAAUGCAUAUUUU